AUGAAGAUCAAGGAUGCCAAGAAACCCUCUUUCCCAUGGUUUGGCAUGGACAUCGGUGGAACUCUGGUAAAGCUAUCAUAUUUUGAACCUAUUGAUAUCACAGCAGAGGAAGAACAAGAAGAAGUUGAGAGCUUAAAAAGUAUCCGGAAAUAUUUGACUUCUAAUGUGGCAUAUGGAUCCACUGGUAUUCGGGAUGUACACCUUGAACUGAAAGAUUUAACACUUUUUGGCCGGAGAGGGAACUUGCACUUUAUCAGAUUUCCAACCCAGGACCUGCCUACUUUUAUACAAAUGGGAAGAGAUAAAAACUUCUCAACAUUACACACGGUGCUAUGUGCUACAGGAGGUGGUGCUUACAAGUUUGAAGAAGAUUUUCGCACAAUUGGAAACCUCCACCUGCACAAGCUGGAUGAACUUGACUGCCUUGUGAAGGGCUUGCUGUAUAUAGAUUCUGUCAGUUUCAAUGGACAAGCAGAGUGCUAUUAUUUUGCCAAUGCCUCAGAACCUGAGAGGUGCCAAAAGAUGCCUUUUAACCUGGACGAUCCCUAUCCGCUCCUGGUAGUGAACAUUGGUUCGGGAGUCAGUAUUUUAGCAGUCCAUUCCAAAGACAGCUAUAAACGAGUAACCGGAACAAGCCUUGGAGGGGGUACCUUUCUGGGUUUAUGUAGCUUGUUGACUGGCUGUGAAAGUUUUGAAGAGGCUCUUGAAAUGGCAUCGAAAGGUGACAGCACACAAGCUGACAAACUCGUCCGUGAUAUUUACGGGGGAGAUUAUGAAAGAUUUGGUCUGCCUGGUUGGGCUGUCGCAUCUAGUUUUGGGAAUAUGAUAUAUAAGGAGAAGCGAGAAUCUGUUAGUAAAGAAGAUCUAGCAAGAGCUACUUUAGUUACUAUCACCAAUAACAUUGGUUCUAUAGCACGAAUGUGUGCUGUUAAUGAGAAAAUAAACAGAGUUGUCUUUGUUGGAAACUUUUUGCGUGUCAAUACUCUCUCAAUGAAACUUUUGGCAUAUGCACUGGAUUAUUGGUCAAAGGGUCAGCUGAAAGCAUUAUUUCUGGAGCAUGAGGGAUAUUUUGGAGCCGUCGGUGCACUUCUUGGUCUGCCAAAUUUCAGCUAA